CUUAAAAUUAAAAUAAAAACGCUCCUCUUAUGUUCUUCCAAUCCCCUCCUCUCCGACACUUUUAGCUUCAUUUUCCCGAUUUGCCCCUAUAGUCUUCGAUUUCUCCAGUUUGAUAUAAUACUUUGAAAGAUGCCGGCUACAGCAGGACGGGUUCGUAUGCCCGCGAACAAUCGGGUUCAUAGUAGUGCAGCAUUGCAAACCCACGGUAUAUGGCAAAGUGCAAUUGGGUAUGAUCCAUAUGCACCGAAUAAAGAUGAGUCUAAAUCAUCUUCGCAGCCGAAAGCCUCGGUAAAUAGUGCUUCUGAACCCGAGGGUGACAAUGCCUAUGCGAAUUUUCAGGGGUUGUUGGCGCUUGCUCGUAUUACUGGGUCGAAUACGGAUGAGGCUCGCGGGUCGUGUAAGAGAUGCGGCCGUGUUGGUCAUCUUUCGUUUCAGUGUCGGAAUUUUUUGAGUGUUAAGGAUGAUAUUAAGGAGAAGGAGAAGGAUUCGGAUGCUAUUCAGGCUGCGGUUUUGUCUGGAUUGGAGAAGAUCAAGGGGGGUAGGAGAAUGGGAGGGAAGGAGGAGAGUGACGAGGAGGAGGAGGAGAGUGAUGAGGAGGAUUCGGAAGUUGAUUCGGAGAUUGAGAGAAUUAUUGCGAAUAAGAGGAGAAGUAGUGGAGGAAGGUCUUUAAAGAAGAAGGAUGAUGAUGAUGAGUCGGAAUCUGAUGGUGAGGGGAGGAAGAAAAGAGGGAGGUCGAAGAAAAGGAGGAGUAAGAAGAGGGAGAGUAGUGAUUCAGAGGAAGACGAGGAAGCUAAAAGGAAGAGGAGAAGAAAGGAGAAGAGGAGAAAGAAAGACGACUCUUCUGAUGAGGAAGAGGAGGAAAAUCGUCGGAGGCGUAAAAGGAAGAGUAGGAAGGAGAAGAGGAGGAGGAGAAGUCAUCGGUAUUCUGAUGACUCUGAUUCGGAUACUUCUGAAGACUCUGGCAGAAGGCAUGUUCGUAAGAGUAGGAAAGCAGCGUCACCGUCUGAUUCUGAUGCCAGUGGCUCUGAUGAUUCCCGGGUUGGGAGGGGUACAAAGCGUUCAGAGAUGAGGAGCAAGAAGCGUCAUCAUGACUAGGACAAGUAUCAUACUGAUAUAUGCUAGUAAGGAAUUUCUGGUGAUGAUUGUAUCUGUAAUUGUAUCCGGAGUUGAAAGCAAUGGAGCUGCCUGAGUUGAAGGACUUUUUUCAGUACUCGUGUACAAUAUCUGCGAUCUUUUUCUCAAAAUUUGUUCUUAUAUAAAAAUGGAUGGUGAGAUAUUAUUCGAGUUGUAUAAACCAGCUUAUGUGUUUCUCUUGCUUUGUGAAGUGUCGUGUCUGAAGAAUCAUUGACAUCUAAUGUGGAUGUACUUUUAUUGAAUCUGAUUAUUCUAUACAUAUGCUCAAAUUUAAAGAAA